CAUAACAUUGCUGUCCCGCCCACCCCAAACUGGAAAAAUGGCGACAGCUGUCCUGUGGCUCUCACGGAACCUCGUAUCGAGGAAUACGGGGGUAGUAAGCCGUAACAUCGUCUUGAAACCGUCUAACACAACAAGACUGAACCAAUGUCGAAAUGCGGUAUCAACAGCAAAUGGCGGUGUUCAACCAAAGCCGGAUAAAAUAUCCUUCGGCCUUAUCCGCAUGACCGCUGUCGUGAUUCCCUUCCUGUACGUGGGAACGCUGAUCAGCAAGAACUUUGCGGCUCUACUUGAGGAGCAUGACAUCUUCGUCCCUGAGGAUGAUGACGAUGACGACUGAACCUAGGUCAGUGAUGAGAAGAGAGGGUGCUUUGCAAUAAUGAUGGCAUGCCACUAUGAGGAAGGAGAGAGAGAUGCCCCCUACAGGAGAAGAUUGCCCUCAUCAUGAUCCACCUCUCCAUCGCCUUUUUUCUCUCUCUUUCCUCCCUUUUAGUCCCACUUUCACCUCCUUGCCACGGAUUACUACAUAUUAUUUGAUAUCAUUGCGAGGUCACAGCACAGUCAGACUUCACUCUUGCAUGUGUCUUAUUAUUUACUCAAUAAAGAGUCUGUGUGUCAAAAUAAAUAAAAAUAACAACACA